AUGUUAGAAAAGAUGAACAAUAUCAGCACCCAACCACUUGAUGAUAGUGUUCCAGUAUGUAAGAAAAGGAAAUGUGACAAUGAAUGCAACGAAGCAGAGAAAGACGGUGAUUCGUCGUCUGCGGUCGUCCCUUUUUCUUUCGCUUUCAGUGAUUUCAAGCUUGUGAAAGUUUUACGCGAAGAUGCACGGGGGAAGUUGGUAACUUUGCACGGGACUGUUGGUGAUAAAGAUGCAGUUGUCGUGCUUGAACGAAAAGCAUUUGAUAUACCAGUAUUGGAAGAGUGCUUACAGCAGACUACGGUUAAAGAAACGUUACAAAACGAUGUCUACAGCACCUUUGAUGUUUACUCUAGCGGGAGCAUUGCACAUAUGAAAGCAACAUUGAUUCAUCCUGCCACUGAGAAACACAUUUCAAAGUACUCAGACCGCGAGCCCUUCAUCGUCCGGGAAACACCUGAAUUAUACAGAAGUGUUGUGUUGCCUUCCAUCCAGGAGAACAAGUUUAGUUUUCAGUGGGUAUACAAUAUUCUAGAGAAAAAGACUGAGUCAGAAAGGAUUGUGGCAGAGGAUCCAGACCCAGAGGUUGGAUUUGUGAUGGUCCCUGACAUGAAGUGGAAUCGGGAAAAUGUUGAGUCUCUCUACCUCAUUGCUAUAGUUCACCGUCGGGGCAUUAGGUCUAUUCGGGAUCUCAGGCAGGAACAUUUGCCUCUCUUGGAAAACAUUCUUAAUAAAGGACUGGCAGCUAUUGAGGAAAAGUUUAGCGUGAAAGCUGACAAACUACGUAUCUACUUUCAUUAUCAACCUUCCUAUUAUCAUCUACAUGUGCAUUUCACCCAUGUCAAGUUUGAAGCCCCAGGGACAGACGCACUGAGAGCACACCUGCUUGAAGAUGUUAUAGACAACAUUAAAAUGAAUUCUGAAUUCUACAAUCUCAAAACCCUUAGUUACAUUGUACGAGAACAUGAUGCUUUGUAUUAUGCAUUUCAGGACAAAAAGUAUUUUGUGUAA